AUGGACCAUAAGAAGAGAAAAUUGGAGAAUGAGAUAGAUGGCUCAAUAGACCGGUUCCCAUUGAGCGAUGAGAGUAGGGAGAUUUUGAGAAGUAGAGGUAUAGAAAGAUUAUUUCCAAUACAAGCUCAGUCUUUUGAGUCUAUUUAUGAUAAGAAGGAUGUAUUAGGAAAAGCAAAAACUGGAACAGGCAAGACAUUGGCUUUUGUUCUUCCAGUAAUUGAGAGGUUGUUAAAGAAGGGUAAAUUUGACCCAAACAAGCAUGGAAGGCGUCCAUUAGUUUUAGUUUUACUUCCAACAAGAGAAUUAGCACAACAGGUAUCAAAUGAAUUUGAAUUGAUGAAGGGGAAGGAUAGAUAUAAGGUAUGCAGUGUAUAUGGGGGCUCUCCUGAAUAUCCUCAGAUUCAAGAAAUAAAGAAAGGAGUAGAUAUUGUUGUGGGAUGCCCAGGAAGAGUUUUGGAUUUUAUUGAGCGUGGUAUUUUGAAUGUUAGUAAAAUAUCGGUAUUAACAUUAGAUGAAGCGGAUAAAAUGUUGGAAAUGGGAUUUAAAGAGACAGUUGAUAAGAUUAUUGAUUUUGUUAGAAAAGAGACUGGAGAUCGAGAAAUGCAGAAUAAACAAAAUAAAUUUCAGGUGUUAUUGUUCAGUGCUACUGUACCUCCAUGGGUAAAGAAUAUCUUAACUGAAAUUAUGUCAAGUGACACAGUAACUGUGGAUGUAACUCAUAUUUCAAUUCAUGGAGAAGAAGAGGAUGAGGCAGCCACUAGAAGUAGAGUUAGACAUUUAGCAAUACAAUGUGCUUAUCCUCAAAGAACCGGAUUGUUAGGGGAUAUUAUUACAAUGUAUGCAGGUAUUAGCGGUAAAUGUAUUAUAUUCACUGAGACAAAACAAACUGCUAAUGAAAUAGCAAUGAGGAGUGAAAUUAGUAAGAUGUGUCAAGUUUUACAUGGUGAUAUACAACAAAACCAAAGAGAAAUUGCUUUACAAGCUUUUAAAGAAGGAAGGUAUCGUUGUUUAGUGGCAACAGAUGUUGCAGCGAGAGGAUUACAUAUUGAUGAUGUUGCAGUGGUAAUACAAUUAGCUCCUCCACGUGAUAUAGAUACUUAUGUACAUAGAUCUGGAAGAACAGGAAGAGCUGGAAAAUUUGGGACUGCUAUCAUGUUUUGUAAUAUGUCAGAUUAUCCAUUUUUAUCAAGCAUUGAAAGAGCUAGUAAGAUAAGUUUUCAAAGAAUUGGAGUACCCCAAUAUGAGGAGAUUUUGCAAAAGACUGCAGACUCUAUAGGUAAGGAUCUAUUAGAAAAAGAGAUACCUUCAGCAAUGUUGGAUUGUGUUAGAGACCCUGCUAAACAUAUUAUUCAAGGUUUAUGGAAAAAGCUUACAGGGAAAACAUCUAGAAAAAGGCAUAGAUCUGGGAAUUCUGAUGAUGAGGAGACUGAAGCUGAAUCAAAUAUUAAUGAUAAUGAUAUAGAUGAUGACAUGCCAGAAAUACCGGAUUGUGCUGUAAGAGCUUUAAGCCAUUGCUUAUUAGAGUUAACAGGUAUAAAUAAUGAUUUAAAAAAGAUUCCUUAUCGUUCAGUAUUGAAUGGUAGAGAAGAUUUCAAGAGUUAUAUUAUUACUUUUAAUAGACUUAAAGAACCAAUUGCAAGUAAUAGCUAUGUUUGGAGGUGUUUAAAAAGCAACUUGAGGGGUUGCGAAAGUUUAAUAGAAAGAAUACAAUGUAUGACAUUAUUGAAGAAAGGGGAUGGAGCAGUUUUUGAUGUUCCACUGGGAUCAAUUAGGCAGUGGGAAAGUGCAAUUUCUGGCUUUACCCCAAAAAUGAAUAGUAAUUCAGGUUUCUUCCAGAUUGUUCCAGCUACAAGUAAUUUACCAGAGUUAUCAAUUCCAGUUACUGACACUAAUGCAGAUUUUGGCCACAAUGGUAGAAUGAAUAGCCAACAUAUUUCAAAUAAGGUCGGAUAUAGACAGUCCAGGGGUUCCAGAGGAGGAGGAGGAGGAGGAGGAGGAUAUACUUCAAGAGGAGGCUCAACCUCAGGAGGUUCUAGAGGUGGGCUUUCAAGGGGGGGAAAACGUUUUUAA